GAAUCAUGUACCGCAAAUCCUGCGCGUCUUCAGCAGCGUGUCUGAUAGCCUCUGCUGGGUACCAGUCCUUCUGUUCUCCAGGGAAGGUGAACUCUGUCUGUAUCAGCUGCUGCAACACCCCACUCUGCAAUGGACCCCGGCCGAAGAAGAGGGGGAAUUCCGGCGUGGUGCCGAGGGCACACGUGAUAACCACCGUUCUGCUCCUUAAAUCGGCUCUUUUGGUUUUGUAUUGCUAA